CGCUUCCAACUCCUCCCCCACCGCCUCUCCCCUCCUCCUACUGCUCCCUCGGUCCCCUCCUCCCUGCUCUCUCCGGAGCGCCGGGUCGGAAGCUGGUUGGAGCGCAGGGGUUGGUGGCAGAGCCCAGCUCCGCGGAGUCGGGCGGGUCGGCCGCGCGUCCAGCGGCUGCUGGGAGCCCGAGAGCUUCGGGCGCGGGUCCGGGUCGAGGCUGCACCGGAGCGCUGAGCCGAGAGCUGGAGGCCGUUCCUGCGCGGUCGCCCGGUUCCCAGACCGGUUGCCAGCCUUUCUGGUUCGCCCCCGCCGCUCCGCGCCGCCGCGAGCCAAGAGCCGCCGGGAGUCUCCGGGACCCGGCACCUGCGCCCGCAGCUCGGAGGUCUUCGUCCCAGCCUGCCUCCGGGAGCCAGGACUGCUGAGGGGCCCACCAUGGUGGCCAUGGGACCCCUGGCCAUCUCACUGUUGCUGUCCAGCCUCACACUGCUGGUAUUCCACCUGUCCAGCUCCCAGGACGUCGCCAGUGAGCCCAGCAGUGAGCAGCAGCUGUGUACCCUGAGGGAGCACCCCACCGUGGCCUUUGAAGAUCUGAAGCCAUGGGUCUCUAACUUCACCUACCCAGGAGCCCGAGAUUUCUCCCAGCUCGCUCUGGAUCCCUCCAGAAACCAGCUAAUCGUGGGAGCCAGGAACUACCUCUUCAGACUCAGCCUUGCCAAUGUGUCCCUUCUGCAGGCCACAGAGUGGGCCCCCAGCGAGGACACACGCCGCUCCUGCCAAAGCAAAGGGAAGACUGAGGAGGAGUGUCAGAACUACGUGCGCGUCCUGAUCAUCACUGGCCGGAAGGUGUUCACGUGUGGGACCCAUGCCUUUUCCCCAGUGUGCUCCAGCAGACAGGUGGGGAACCUCAGCCGGACUAUUGAGAAGAUCAAUGGUGUGGCCCGCUGCCCCUACGACCCUCGCCACAACUCCACAGCUGUCAUCUCCUCCCAGGGGGAGCUCUAUGCGGCCACUGUCAUCGACUUCUCAGGUCGGGACCCUGCCAUUUACCGAAGCCUGGGCCGUGGGCCACCACUUCGCACUGCCCAAUAUAACUCCAAGUGGCUCAAUGAGCCAAACUUUGUGGCAGCCUAUGAUAUCGGGCUGUUUGCAUACUUCUUCCUGCGUGAGAACGCGGUGGAGCAUGACUGUGGACGCACUGUGUACUCUCGGGUGGCCCGUGUGUGCAAGAAUGAUGUGGGGGGCCGGUUCCUACUGGAGGACACGUGGACCACGUUCAUGAAAGCCCGGCUUAACUGCUCCCGCCCAGGCGAGGUCCCCUUCUACUACAAUGAGCUGCAGAGUGCCUUCCAUCUGCCCGAGCAGGACCUCAUCUAUGGGGUCUUCACCACCAACGUAAACAGCAUUGCCGCUUCUGCCGUCUGCGCCUUCAACCUCAGUGCCAUCUCCCAGGCUUUCAAUGGCCCGUUUCGCUACCAGGAGAACCCCAGGGCUGCCUGGCUCCCCAUCGCCAACCCCAUCCCCAAUUUCCAGUGCGGCACUCUGCUGGAGACUGGCCCCAACGAGAACCUAACGGAGCGCAGCCUGCAGGACGCACAGCGCCUCUUCUUGAUGAGCGAGGCCGUGCAGCCGGUGACACCAGAGCCUUGUGUCACCCAGGACAGCGUGCGCUUCUCACACCUCGUGGUGGACCUUGUGCAGGCCAAGGACACGCUCUACCACGUGCUCUACAUCGGCACCGAGUCGGGCACCAUCCUGAAGGCACUGUCCACGGCGAGCCGCAGCCUCCGCGGCUGCUACCUGGAGGAGCUGCACGUGCUGCCCCCUGCGCGCCGCGAGCCCCUGCGCAGCCUGCGGAUCCUGCCCAGCGCGCGCGCGCUCUUCGUGGGGCUGAGCGACGGCGUGCUGCGAGUGCCGCUGGAGAGGUGCGCCGCCUACCGCAGCCAGGGGGCAUGCCUGGGGGCACGGGACCCGUACUGCGGCUGGGACGGGAAGCAGCAACGUUGCAGCACGCUGGAGGACAGCUCCAACAUGAGCCUCUGGACCCAGAACAUCACAGCUUGUCCUGUGCGGAAUGUGACACAGGAUGGGGGCUUUGGUCCAUGGUCACCAUGGCAACCAUGUGAGCAUUUAGAUGGGGACAAUUCAGGCUCUUGUCUGUGUCGGGCCCGAGCCUGUGACUCCCCUCGUCCCCGCUGUGGGGGCCUCGACUGCCUGGGGCCAGCCAUGCACAUUGCCAACUGCUCUAGGAAUGGAGCGUGGACCCCGUGGUCAUCGUGGGCGCUGUGCAGCACGUCUUGUGGGAUUGGCUUCCAAGUCCGCCAGCGAAGCUGCAGCAACCCCGCUCCCCGCCACGGGGGCCGCAUCUGCGUGGGCAAGAGCCGCGAGGAACGGUUCUGUAACGAGCACACGCCCUGCCCGGUGCCCAUCUUCUGGGCGUCCUGGGGCUCCUGGAGCAAGUGCAGCAGCAACUGCGGAGGCGGUGUGCAGUCGCGGCGUCGGACCUGUGAGAACGGCAACUCCUGUCCGGGCUGCGGCCUGGAGUUCAAGACGUGCAACCCCGAGGGCUGCCCCGAAGUGCGGCGCAACACACCGUGGACGCCGUGGCUGCCAGUGAACGUGACGCAGGGCGGGGCGCGGCAGGAGCAGCGCUUCCGCUUCACGUGCCGCGCGCCCCUGUCCGACCCCCAUGGCCUGCAGUUUGGCCGGAGAAGGACGGAGACUAGGACCUGCCCCGCUGACGGCUCCGGAGCCUGCGACACCGACGCCCUGGUGGAGGAUCUCCUGCGCAGCGGGAGCGCCUCCCCGCACACGGUGAGCGGAGGCUGGGCCGCCUGGGGCCCGUGGUCGUCCUGCUCUCGAGACUGUGAGCUGGGCUUCCGCGUCCGUAAAAGAACCUGCACCAACCCGGAGCCCCGCAAUGGGGGCCUGCCCUGUGUGGGCGACGCCGCCGAGUACCAGGACUGCAACCCCCAGGCUUGCCCAGUAAGAGGUGCCUGGUCCUGCUGGACCUCAUGGUCCCCAUGCUCAGCCUCCUGCGGCGGGGGCCACUACCAACGCACACGUUCCUGCACCAGCCCCGCGCCCUCCCCCGGUGAGGACAUCUGCCUGGGGCUCCACACGGAGGAGGCACUGUGUGCCACACAGGCCUGCCCAGAAGGCUGGUCACUAUGGUCUGAGUGGAGUGUGUGUACUGAGGAGGGGAUCCAGAGCCGCAGCCGGCACUGUGAGGAACUUGUCCCAGAGCCCAGCACCUGUGCUGGGAAUAGCAGCCAGAGCCGCCUCUGCCCCUACAGCGAGAUUCCUGUGAUCUUGCCAGCCUCCAGCAUGGAGGAGGCCGCCAGCUGUGGAGGGUUCAGUCUCAUCCAUCUGGUGGCCACGGGUGUCUCCUGCUUCCUGGGCUCUGGGCUUCUGACCUUGGCAGUGUACCUAUCUUGUCAGCACUGCCAGCGGCAGUCCCAGGAGUCCACACUUGUCCAUCCCGCCACCCCCAACCAUCUGCACUACAAGGGUGGGGGCACCCCCAAGAACGAGAAGUACACGCCCAUGGAGUUCAAGACCCUGAACAAGAAUAACUUGAUCCCUGAUGAUAGAGCCAACUUCUAUCCAUUGCAGCAGACCAAUGUGUACACCACCACCUACUACCCAAGCCCACUGAACAAACACAGCUUUCGGCCCGAGGCCUCACCUGGACAACUAUGUUUCCCUAACAGCUGAUACCAUCAUCCUGGGGACUUGGGCUCCUUGCCUUCCUAAGGCACAGAGCAGGUGGAGAUGGGACAGUGGAGCCAGUUUUAUUUUCCCUCUGCACUAGGCCAAGAACUUGCUGCCUUGCUCAUGGGGGUCUCAUCCAGCUUUAGAGAGCUCUGGCUGGAGUGGACCAUGGUGGAGAGGGCUGGCUUCAGGCUGGCAUGUGGCUCCAUGUCCAGCCCGGCCCGCGUCUCCCAUGGCUGCCUUGCAACCCACCAUCACGCUGACCCUCCCCUGCCAUGCCUGGCUGCGGAACUGCUGGGUGUGUGAGGAAUCAGAGAGUGGAGAUGGUGAGAGGACAAGCUCUUGGGUUUGGGUUGGAAACAACUGCCUGUGGCCACCAUGAGCUGAGUCUGCCCCUCUCUGGAGGGCCCCAAGAAGGGCCUGCGCUACAUCCUGAUUAUCUCUGAAAGAAAUUAGUUGAAUGGUCCAGUAGCUCUGGAUUCUCAGCCCAUGUAUGGGCCAUUGCGGUGCUGCCCUAGUGUGACACAGUGGACCAAGGCCAGCCUAGGUUGUCCACCUCUGCCUAGUAGUCCAUACUUCACCCAGGGACAUCCCUGUGGUGAGGCAGUGAGGACUGGGGACUGGAGGCUGGUCUUUGCUGAGAAACUCUUUCAUCUGGGCUGGCACAGGCCUCAGGUGGCCCAGGAGGAUGAGUGGCUCAGGGCUACAGGAGGCAAGAGUCUGGCUACUGUGCUUCUGUGGAGACUGUCUGCCAAUUGCUGCUCAAUAAGAUUGUCAGCUGAGACCUGCUUGGAAGUCUCUGCUGGCCCCUCAUCUGUUCAGGAACACACACAAUCACAAGAUGCCACUGCAACAAAAAAGGUGUUGAGCUGUGGCAUUAUUAAUUAAAGAUGAUAUCCAGU